AUGGCCGAGUACUCUUCCCUGAAGGUGCCGGAGCUAAAGAAGCUCCUGGCGGAGAAGAGUUUGCCGCAGACUGGCAACAAGGCCGACUUGAUUGCGCGCCUGCAGGAGAACGACAAGAAGUCUGAGAGCGACGCCAAGCCUGGUACGACUACCCCUUCGAAUGCGCGCGCGCAAACCCAUCACUUGGAUCGUCAUUCAGCUAACCCACAUCCCGUCGCAGCUGAGAACAAGGAAGACGAGAUUAGCUAUAGCGACGACGAGGCUCCUGCCGCCCCUGCCGCCGCCCCCGCUGCCGCUGCCGUCCCUGCUGUCGAGCCAGUCGCCGAGGCUCCCGCCGCUGAGGCAGCUCCCGCCGCGACUGCGCCAGCUGAGGAGACCGCCGAAGAGAAGCCCGCCGAGUCAGAGGAGAAACCAGCGGAGCCCGCGCAGUCCUACGCCAUCGGUCUCUCUUCUACCGCUGCCGACGAGGAAGCCAAGAAACGUGCCGACCGCGCCAAGCGAUUUGGUCUCGAAGAGGAUGAAGAUUCACAGAAGCGAUCCCAGCGGGCCAAUCGCUUUGGCCUCGACGAGAAGGAGUUGGCUUCCAGCCUCGAUUCUGCCCUCCCUGAGCGCCCACUCAAGCGUGGUCGUGAGCGUGUCGACGGUGAUAACUCUCGCAACAGUAAGCGACAGAGUCUUGACAGGAGGAGUGGUGGCCGACGACGCGGCCGUGGCGGACGCGAUGGCGGACGCGAAGGCGGUCGUGAGGGCGGCCGUGAGGGUGGUCGUGAGGGUGGUUCUCGACGGGAUGGCGCCUCCAGGGGUGGUAUCCUCAACGACCCCUCGGAGAAGGCCAAGGCGGAGAAGCGCGCAGCUCGGUUCGCUACGAACUAG